CAAAGUAAUCAAAAUGGAGACCAAAAUUGGCUCUUCUCGAACUAUGUCACGCAAAAGAAAGCUAUGUGACAUAAUUGAAGGGCCAGAAAUAGAUGAAGAUUCAAAAUCACAAAGGUUGGAUAGUGAAGAUCAAACAAAAAAACAAAACCAUAGUGAAAUAGAAAAAAGAAGGCGAGAUAAGAUGAAUACUUACAUAACAGAAUUAUCCUCUAUGGUACCAAUGUGUAAUGCCAUGUCUAGAAAGUUGGAUAAGUUGACAGUGUUGCGAAUGGCUGUUCAACACAUGAAAACUCUCCGAGGAUCAAUAAAUUCAUAUGCUGAAGGACUGUAUAAACCAUCUUUUUUAUCUGAUGAAGAACUGAAGCGAUUAAUUCUUCGAGCUGCUGAUGGCUUUCUCUUUGUUGUAAGUUGUGAUCGAGGUCGAAUACUAUUUGUUUCAGAAUCAGUUUCACAAGUUUUAAAUUAUUCGCAGAAUGAUCUCUUAGGCCAAAGUUGGUUUGAUAUUCUUCACCCUAAAGAUAUAGCAAAAGUAAAGGAGCAACUCUCAUCCUCUGAUUUAUCUCCAAAAGAAAGAUUGAUUGAUGCCAAAACUAUGAUGCCAGUCAAGACAGAUAUACCGCAGACUCAAGUAAGAUUAUGUCCUGGUGCCAGGCGUUCAUUUUUCUGCCGAAUGAAGUGUAAAAUUUCAUCCUCUGUAAAAGAAGAAGCUGACACAACAACUGGUGUACACAGAAAAAGAAAAUCACAGCAUUCAGAUCGUAAAUAUUGUGUAGUUCAUUGUACUGGGUAUUUAAAAUCUUGGGCUCCUGCCAAUCUUAGUAUAGACUUAGAAAAUGAUGUAGAUAGUGAUUGCAAUUUAAGUUGUUUAGUUGCUAUUGGACAAGUACAACACUGUCUUGCUAAUCCUACACCAAAAGAUCCACAAAUAGAUUUGAGGUCUAUGGAAUUUACUUCUCGCCAUGCAAUGGAUGGUAAAUUUCUUUUUGUAGACCAAAGAGCAUUUUUAAUGCUUGGUUAUUUACCACAAGAGCUUCAAGGAACAUCUUGUUAUGAAUAUUUUCAUCAAGAAGACAUCAUGCACCUUGCUGAAUUUCAUAGACAGGUGUUACAAGGACAAGAAAGAUUAGUUUCUCAGAUUUAUCGAUUUCGAAAGAAAGAAGGAAAUUUUGCAUUUCUGAGUAGUAAAUGGAAAACCUUUCGUAACCCAUGGACAAAAGAACUUGAAUAUAUUAUAGCUGUGAAUACAUUAGUUCCUAUAAUGGACACUGGACUUGUAGAAAGCUCUAACUGUACAAGAGAUGAGUUAUUGAGUAGCAAUUCAAAUAGUUUAGAUACUGUCCUGUCAUAUUUACCUUCCAGUGGAAAUGUUGGAGAUGCACCACGAAUAUUAGGUACUAAAGUUGGAGCUGGCAAAAUUGGACGACAAAUAGCUGAAGAAGUUUUGGAAAGGCAGAGGGGCCAGGAAAUUUUUAAUCCCAAUUUAAAUCCUAUCCAAAGCAAUGAUGUUUUUAACUCUCCUUUGGGAUCUAGUGUCUUAGAUUCUCCAAAAGAAAGAAAUUUAAUUUCCAGAAAUUUUAAUCACAAAAACUCAGCAUUUGACAGUGAUAUGCUCACUAGCUCACCUUCAUCAAAUAGCACUUCAUCACAGUAUGCUCCUCCUGUACAUAAUCCUGUUCCUAUGAAUGAACCAGUACAGUUUUCAGCAAUGGAUGCUAUGAUUGGCCGAGACAUGUUGCAAGCUUCAUUUCAGAGCAACAGUAGUGAAGGCAAUGAUGAAGCAGCAAUGGCUGUAAUAAUGAGCCUUCUUGAAGCAGAUGCAGGUCUUGGAGGACCUGUGGAUUUUAGUGGUUUACCAUGGCCACUCCCAUAAAGAGAGAUCCUUGCCUUUAUUAGAAUUCAAUUAAGUAACGUGUGAAUUUUGGAUAUUUUUAUCCAGGAAAAAAGAAAGAAAUGCAAGCUCUUGUGUAUAAAUUAUGUUGUUGUUAAGCUUAAUUUGAUGGCAAGAAAAACUAAAAAUUGUAUCUUUUAAAAUGAAUGUCAAAUGAUACAGCAACACAUAUAUGCAUUCCAUUAAAGUGCAACUAUUUCUUGUAGAUGCAGAAUGUGCAAUCAAGGUAGGCAGGUUAGAAUGUUUUCAUAUUUAGCCAAAAUGAGUAUAAAUUUAAUAUUGAUAUAAAAUAAAAGCAUUAUUUACAAAUGCUUUCUAAUGGCCAGACACUUGCUUAUUAAAGACUGGUCAGGAAUGGUCAUACUCCUCAGCCAUCUAGUUCUUUCAUUACUAAGAACACUAUGCAGGGAGUAAACUAAUAUUAAACUUGGAAAAGGAAUGUAUAGACAACAGACAUCCAUGCUUCUUCCAAGAUUAAAAGAUGGGCAAAAUGGAUAGCAGCCAGCACUGCUAACCAUCACAUUGAAAAAGGCAGCUCAGUGAAAUAAAUAGCAAUGAAAAGCAUAGCUUUUAUAUGUUUUUGCAUGCGAAGAAAGUUUGCUUUCACCAUUAGCUUAAAAUAUUCAUGUCAUGCAACUUUUUUUUAUUUCAAAUUACCUUCAUGUAUUUUUAUUAGUUAAAUAUAUGUGCUUAUCUAAUGUUAACUAAUCAAUCCGUGUACUGUUCUGAAAUUUCAUGCUAAAAGAAUGAGGUUUUAUUUUGCUUUUCAUAAAACUCUGAAGAAAUAUUUUUAAUAUAUUUGUGGAAGGAUAGUUUAUGAAUUAGAAUAAAUGUGUUUUAAUAUUAUACUUCAGCUAUUAUUAUUGUUAUUAGUUUGUUAUAAAAAAUUACCCUAUUUAAACAUAUCAGAUAGGUGUUUGAAGUGUGAUAAAUUUAUAUUUUUGUCAUUGUUAAAAUUUUUACCCAUAAGCCUUAUGUUUGUAGCAUUGUUAUAUUGUUAUCUGAUUCUGCCUACCUUGAAAAAGCUCAGUGCACAUACCUGUUCUAAAUGCUCAAAAUAUGUAUAUAAAUUUAUAAGCUUUUUCAGAACAUCCAAGGAAAAAAAUUAUAAUUUUCAGAAUGGUUAUUUAUAAAUGAAUUCAAGAAACUUGAAAAGAUUUUUUUUUUCAAUUUAUUACAUUUAUAAAAAUGUCAGGAAACUAAAAAUACUUGUUUUUAAUUAUAAAAUUAAUUCAGAAUUUAUAAAUGUGUUGUAGUUUUCGUAGGUAAUUCAGUUCUAUUGUCUUUUAAUGUUUAUUUUAUUUAUUUAAUUUUUUCCCCAAUGGCAGGCACUAGCCAUUAUAGGUGUUGACCAUUACUAAGGCCAAAAGUGGUGGUCACUUUAUUAUGGAGGCACUUAAUAGGUGGGCCACCAUUACCUCCUAUGAAAGGACAGACAAUUUACCUCCAUGCUUUCUUAGGGAUUUGAACCUGGGCCCUUCAGUACAGCAGU